CAACUCAAACCGUUGAUGGCCACCCGCGUGAUCCCACCAAGAAUCCUGAGGAAUCUGCGAUACAACACAGCCACCAAGCCCUUGGCCUCGUCCCACCCUUCCUCCCUCUCCCCAACUCUCUCUCCUCCUUGUUUAUCGGACCCUAAGCCGCCGUCCCAAACCGUCCUCCGCCCCGCCUUGGACCCGUCCGCCCUCGACUUCAACGACGUCCAGUCCCUCUUCUCCUACGUCCCAACCUCCAACCUCCUCCGCUCCACCGCCGUCCUCCAUGCCACGGCCGUCGAGCCAAUGGUCGACCUUGGAAUGUGGAUCAUGCGGUCCAAGCUCUUCGAGGUCGAGGGGGUUAAGGACGUCAUCCUCGCCGCCAUCAGAAACACCUUCUACGGGCAUUUCUGCGCUGGCGAAGAUGCCGUCACCGCCGGAAAGAGCAUCAGGGCUCUGAAUGACGCUGGUUUGAGGGGAAUGCUUGUCUACGGCGUAGAAGACGCUCAUGACAACGAAGGAUGUGAUCGGAACCUGAAAUGUUUCCUUCACACCGUUGACGUCAGCAGAUCGCUUCCACCAUCUUCGGUGAGCUUUGUGAUUGUGAAAAUAACUGCGAUAUGUCCCAUGAGCCUGCUAGAGAGAUUGAGUGACUUGCUAAGGUGGCAACAAAAAGAUCCUUCUUUCAACUUGCCAUGGAAGCAAGAUUCAUUCCCUCUAUUCUCAGAUUCAACACCAUUGUACCACACAAGGAAGAGACCUGAGGCUCUAACACCACAAGAAGAGAGUGAUCUUGAACUUGCAAUGCAAAGACUCAAUGAGCUUUCCCAAAAGUGUGUGCAAGCCAAUGUUCCUUUACUGGUUGAUGCAGAGCAUACUUCAGUUCAACCAGCCAUUGAUUAUUUUACCUACAAUGCUGCCAUUAAUCACAACAAGGGUGAGAGCCCUAUAGUGUUUGGGACCAUGCAGACAUACCUUAAGGAUGCCAAGGAGAGGCUCUUGCUUGCAACAAAGGCAGCAGAUAAGAUGGGGAUCCCAAUGGGAUUCAAGUUGGUGAGAGGUGCUUAUAUGUCUAGUGAGAGGAAAUUGGCUUCUUCUUUGGGCUAUGCUUCCCCUAUUCACAACACCAUUCAAGACACUCACAAGUGUUUCAAUGAUUGCUCCUCUUUUCUUCUUGAGAAAGUUGCCAAUGGCCCUGGUGGCCUUGUUCUUGCCACCCAUAAUAUUGAAUCAGGGAAAUUAGCUGCUGCAAAAGCACAUGAGAUAGGGAUUGGAAAGGUGAACCACAAGCUUGAAUUUGCACAGCUUCUAGGAAUGUCAGAGGCACUUUCCUAUGGUUUGAGCAAUGCAGGGUUUCAGGUUAGUAAGUAUAUGCCAUUUGGACCUGUAGAGACAGUCAUGCCUUAUCUUCUUAGAAGGGCUGAAGAGAAUAGAGGGAUGUUAGCAGCUUCAGGCUUUGAUAGGUUACUAAUGAGGAAGGAGUUAGGAAGGAGACUAAAAGCUGCUUUAGGAGUUUAGUUUAGUUAAAUUGUUGGGAUGCAUGGGAUGUAAUAAUGUCUUUUGUGCAGGCAAAGAUUAAAGAUUGAUUGCCUUAUCAUUGUACAAAUUAGAGAAUCUUGUAUUCUUUUUUUCUGAAUUCUGAAUUCAGAUUAAUGAAAUGUGCAUUGCCAUUUCUGUA